GCAAAGACUUAAGACUUCAACUUUCUCAGACAGUAAGAGAGUUGGUGGCUGGGAAAGGAGAGCAGAGGAAGAGAAACAGCUCAGGAAUACCUCUAGGGAAUGACCUUGUGACUCAUUUGUCUCCAAGUAACUCUCAGCCUUGACCCAUUCUCCUGGAGUGACCACACAACCAGCCAAAAGGGCAGAUAUUGGGCCUGUGUGUUCUGGCAAGAUAAGAGAUUUAACAGCAAAUGUGUUUGCCUGGAAUAGUCCUUCUAUCAGGGUCAUUGCACAUUCUCCAAUUCUAGAUCUUCAGGGGUUGAGUGAGGAGUGAAAAUGUUGAAAGAGCAAAUAUCUGCAGAAAGGACACCAGAAGAAGCAGGAAAAGCAAACAAUGUAGUUCAGCCUGAACAUGUGACACGGCAACCAGGAUAUAGAGCACUGCAAGAGAGCAGACAGGAAUCCUGCAAGAGGAUGCAAGAGUGCUGGGAAGCCCAAUGGCAGGAAUUUCUGAAGGCACUGCAAGCUCCUCACUCCGCAUGGGGAAAUCUGCAGCUGUCAGAGGCCACACUGGGGAGUGACACAAAGGCCUUUCUGGCCUCCUUUGAGCAAGUUGCAGAAGCCUGUCGGUGGCCUAGAGGAGAGUGGGUGGCACGACUCCUGCCAGCGCUUAAUGAAAAAGCUGAACAGGUGUUUGGAAGCCUGGAAGCCAGCGAUAAGGACAACUAUGGGAAAGUGAAGGCCGCCAUCUUGAGAGGAGAUGCCAUGAGAAGGGAGAUGCAGCGCCAGCAGUUCUGGCAAUUCUGCUGCCAGGAGGUGGAAGACCCACGAAGGGUUUACAACCAACUGCAGGAGCUUUGCUGCCAAUGGCUGAAGCCAGAGAAGCACACAAAGGAGCAGAUCUUGGACUUGCUGAUCCUGGAGCAGUUCCUGGCCUGCCUGCCAGUGGAUCUCCGGAGCUGGAUCCAAGCUGUUGGACCGGACAGCUGUUCCCAGGCCGUAGCCCUGGCAGAUGACUGCCUGAUGAGGCGGAGGGAGGCGGAGAUGAGGAAAUGGUUGGGUUCUGUGAAGGAGGAACACAUAGAUUCCCUGGAGGCACAUGAAGAGUCCUUGGGCACUGCACACAGACAGAUCUAUAAAGAAGCCAAGCAGAACGGCAGUGGAAUCCAGUGCCCAGAUCACUCCAGUUCAUCACUUCCUCCAGGACAGGAAAUGACUGAAGCUGGGCUGACCAAGGACACAGAGGUGACUUUGCACUUAGUUGAGCAGACUCCAACAGAAUUGGGCCAAUGGUCUGUGCUCUGGCAGGUCCUGCAUGAGGAUGGUGGGGAUGUACAGUCUCCAGGUGGACUUUUGGUUCUCAAAUCUGAAACUUCCUCCCAUCUGGAAAAAGAGGCAGAGAUGUCCAUUCACUUGCCAGUGAAAAGUGAGAGAUUCACAGAUCAAAAUUCAAGUGAUGAGGAGGGAAGUCAACUCAAAAUGGACACUCUAAAUGAACCAGGAGAAAGACAGAAGACAUUCCCACAGGGAAACCAAGCAGACAUGCUCGUAAAAAUUGAGAUUCAUGGAGAGGACCAGUGUUCACACUGGUCAGACAGAGGCCCUGAAUCUGGGAUAAUCUUUGUACAGGCAGCUGAUUUGAAGACUGAGCCGGAAACCCGUAUGGAGGAGAAGCCUCAUAAAUGUUGUAAGCAUGGGAGAAGCUGCCCUGAGAGAUCACUGAGACAGCGGAAGAGCCAUAGAGCAGUGAAACCUUUCAAAUGCCCUGCCUGUAUUAGAAGCUUUAUGCACAAUGCAGAUUUCAAGCGGCACUGGAGGACUCAUACAGGGGAGAAGCCUUACGUCUGUCCUAACUGUGGGAAAACCUUCUCCUUGAGAGCAAAUGUCUUAAGACACCAGAGAGUCCAUACUGGAGAGAGACCUCACCAAUGUCUCCACUGUGGGAAAGGCUUCAGUGAGAAACGAUCAUUGAUUAAACAUCAGAGUAUCCAUGAAGACAUUAAGCAGUUAAUCGUCUGAGGGCCCAGUGUCUUUUGGGGCCAUUUUUCAGACCAGAUUUCCCCGUUAAGGAACUUGUAGCCUUUAAGCCUCCAUCCAAAGUAUACCUACUGGGAAGGAGUUCCUGUUGGACUCAGUAGGGCUUGCUUAUUGUUGUGUGUGUGUGUUAAUAGGGUGGCACAGCAACUUUUAGCCUGCUGCUCUUCUUAUGGUCAGUUGGCCUGUGCAGUUAUUUGGUGCCAACGCAUCGAAGCUGAAUAAUUUGCACUGUGUACUUGGCCCCAUGCGGAGGCACCUGCUCUCCACCACCCCCUGCAGUUACCUCCAUGGAAAGCGGCCUCUGCAUGGAGCCGGAGUGGGUUGAAGGGUGGGAUGCAGCUGCCACCAGGCGUGCAAUAUAGUUCAUUUGGCUUUGAUCUUUCAGAGCCAAAUAAUCGCAUAGGUGGCCCAGUCUUAGGUAAUUUCUUAUUUUUGGGAAACAACUCCCAUUAUCCCUGGCCAGAAUGGCCAAAGGGCAGGGGUGAUGGGAGUUGGAGUCCAAAAGCAACAAAUUACCCCGAACUGCAAAGACCCAAUGGUCAGAUCAAGACAGAGAGCUCCCACCACAGUUGAGCUGAGCCGGAAGAAAGAUACAGGACAUGAGCAGAAAUACCCCAGUGGAACGUCCUGUGGUCCCUGAAAUUUAUGGGCAAAUAUGAGAAUUCAGAGAGCAGGAAGGGAAGCCAGUAGGGGGAGAGGAUAGAUCCAGUGGACUCACAGAAGGUCUUGCAGUUACCAUUAGCAAAACUUUCAUUAUGAAAACAAAUGGGGGGGGCGGGAAUCUCUCAUUCUCCAACUAUGAUAGAAAAUACUGCUGUUACAUAACAGACCACCUCUGAAUGUUGUGGGGAAACAUUAAGCAUCCACGUUACUUUGAUGAGCAACAUGGUGAGAAACAAUAUGGACACUUUGAAUGUAGAAGUUUCUGUUGGUUAGAUUUGACUGAACCCUAGAAUAGCCAUACGGGAGAGGAGUCUUAUGAAGGAGAGAGCUAAGCCUCAGAGUGGUUUUCAGAAGUGUAAAUCUGUUGUGAGAUCUGGUAAACAAUAAAUAAUAUAUUUUAUGGUGUUAUGUGAAUAUAGUA